GGACACAGCGACGCAGAAUGAGUGCUUUUGACCAGCUAACCCCUUUGAUUCCACAAGUCCCCGACUACACGCGACAGCCAAAGGCGCUCCUGUCAGCACCUGCCUCUCUCUCGUCUCCUGUCAUCAAAAAGACGCCUAUCCAAAUCCCUUCUUUUGAUGAGAGAGGACUCGUCUGCGCCAACGAGCCAAACGCUGACAGAUCUUUUGUGCCAAUCAGAGGAAACGCAUUUAAUCAAGCCCCAAGCAAGUCAAGAAACCGUGAAGGAGGAACGUCAACACCGCAGCGAAUUAAACCAAAAACUCGCUCGUUUGUUCGACCCGGCGUCUCUACUUCACCAGCUAUAACCCGCUCUGUUUCUUUACCACGAUCUGAAACACAGCUUAAAGAUCCAGCUCCUUCACUCCACGUGGCAAACAUGAGCAGCCUUUUAGUGCCGACACCUCAAGGAACCCAGGAACACAAGCAGCUCAUCACCGCAGAACGACACGCGAGUUCUAUCUUUAUCUCUAACGCAAACACGUCACAGCGGGAGAUUCUGGACCAGGACACCUUACUCACUUUUACUCAUAAAGAUUUCAAAAUCGCAAACAGAGCAGGUCAGACGAAAACGUUCCAAUCUUCUAAUCCUCCAGCCGCAUGUCAGAGCUCCUCGGCGUUGCAAGGUAAACUAGACGGCAUCAAAAUGGGGGCAAAGAGCAAACUUGCGUUGAAAAGUACACAGUCUCCAGUGAGCGCAAAGGCAAACACGAAACAGCAGCAGCGAGAUGUGGGUGGAGGGAUUAGGUCCACAUCUUCUGGGAGUUUACCGCAGCCUACGUUUGAUGGCCUGUCACCUCGGCUCAGCCCCGGCCUGCACAGGAGAUGCGUUCAGUAUCUCCAGAAUGCCAGUUUAACGAAACCCAACAAAGAAAAAGGUUGUAAAGUACCACCACCGUCUCCUAAAACGUCUACGGACUCUCGUCAAUCCAAAGCAUCAGUAUGUAUGGAGCCUAAAAGGAGCGAAGGCGAGAUUUACAAGAGAACUUUCACUUCACGAACCCCUUCCCCCUCCACAAAAGAGUCUGCGCGGUUUACCGGCGAUCCGACUCCGACUCCUUCACGUGGCUGUGUGUUUCUGCAGAGAUCUGGACUCUCUCAGACGGACACAGCGAGCGCAGUCCAUCAGUCAGACACAGUUUCAAAGGAUCGCAGCUGUCAGUCAGGAUGCAUCAAGGCGCACGUGGAAGACCCUGACCAGGCAAAAACAUUAAACCAGUUUGACUUUACGUGUUUACCUCAGACACAGACGUCCUACAUCCCGGGUUCUGGCUUUGUCAAACUAAAAAAACACUUACCAGAGAGUCAUACACGGAACAAAGGCGGGACAGAGGAGAAUAACAAAGGCAACGUCUGUUUUUACGGACUUUUAGGAACAGAAUCCCAACAUAAAACCCAAGCAGCAUUUGAAUCACGCUGUCAACUGAAUAAAACCUGUUCACCCAUGAGUUCGGACUUCAGCUUGCGACGACAGGAAGCUACGUCCCUCGGCCUUCCACCAAAACCACAGAACAACACCUCAGUUUAUGUGACAAAAGAAGAAAACCCGUACGUCACGAUGUACUGCCUCGGUUCAGUGUACGAAGACAUGUCCGACAUUGUUCCGCCAGAAGUGAGACCCAAACCUGCCGUCCCAGCCAAGCCUCCAAAUGUGGGCGCCGCGUCCCCGUCCAGCCCCUUCUCUCCCCCAGUCCCCCCGAGUGUCGUCAGCACGGGGCCUUCAGUUCCUCCUCCCAGUGCUAUUCCGGUGCUCAUCGCGAGCCACGGACCCAGCCACAGCAACAGCCACAGCGCGUCCCACUCUAUAGGGCACGGCUUAGGGCACAGCGUGGGCCAUGGAGCAGCUCACCCUCCAGCUCCCAGUGGAGGUCACACCACACACAGCUCCACCGCGGGAUCCACUCUGCUCGGCUACAUCGGCAUCGACACCAUCAUCGAGCAGAUGAGGAAGAAGACCAUGAAGACGGGCUUUGACUUUAACAUCAUGGUUGUGGGUCACAGCGGACUGGGGAAGUCCACUCUGGUGAACACUCUGUUCAAGUCUCAGGUGAGCAGAAAGAGCGCGGGAUGGCCCCGGGACGAGAAGAUUCCCAAAACUGUGGAGAUCAAAUCGGUGUCUCACGUCAUUGAAGAGGGCGGUGUUAAGAUGAAGCUGACGGUUGUAGACACUCCGGGCUUUGGAGACCAGAUAAAUAACGACAACUGCUGGGAGCCGAUAUCGAAGUACAUCAAUGAGCAGUUUGAGAAGUUUUUAAAGGAGGAAGUGAACAUCACGAGAAAGAAGCGUAUUCCUGACACUAGAGUGCACUGUUGCAUCUACUUUAUCUCGCCGACUGGACAUUCUCUCAGACAACUUGAUAUCGAGUUCAUGAAGCGUCUCAGUCACUCGGUCAACAUCAUCCCCGUUAUUGCAAAGUCCGACACGAUGACCACCGAGGAGAGACAGGAGUUCAAACAGAGGGUGCGAAAAGAACUGGAAAUGGGCGGAAUUGAGUUUUACCCCCAGAAAGAGUUUGACGACGACAUGGAGGAUAAGAGCGACAAUGAUAAAAUUAGAGAGAUGAUGCCUUUUGCUGUGGUUGGCAGUGACAAAGAGUAUCAGGUCAACGGGAAACGGGUACUGGGCAGAAAGACGGCCUGGGGAAUCGUAGAAGUUGAAAAUCCCAACCACUGUGAGUUUGCACAGCUGAGAGAUUUCCUGAUCAGGUCACAUCUCCAGGAUUUAAAAGAGGUCACUCAUAAUAUUCAUUACGAAACAUACCGAGCCAAAAGACUCAAUGAAAACGGAGGCCUGCACCCCAUUUCUUCUCAUGACACCCAGGAGAGCAACCUGUAGAUCAGCGCACGGGACGGAUUAAGAAUUCAUAACCUGCCAUAGUCGAUGGUAUUACAGUUUUAAUGCAUGAGAAGAUCAUAAGUAAUCAGUACAAAUCUGUGUUUAAUGAGUUUUUCAAGGGUUUUCUUUUUAAUUAUUGUCCCUCUGCACCUUAACACACACACACCAGGUUCCCCCCAUGUUCAGUCAAAGUGCUGAUCUUGUGCCAAUUUGCAAUGGACUUGUUUAUUUUUUUCCUCUUUGACCAACACGACUCCCACAAGCGUCAGACGUGUGCUGCUUUGUGGUCGCAUGAUGUACAACACGGUACAGUUCAAAGAGAAAAGUUGUGGGGUGAUGUAUAGAUUAUUUUAUUUAUUUAACUUUUUGACAGUUUCAUUGUGAAAUAGUGUUCUGUCAGUCGAGCAAAUACAAGUCAUGUGAUCCCAAAGAUUUGAGACUGUUUUUUUUAUUCUUUACAAGGUCCUAUGUUACGCAAAAGUGACUCUUGUGAGAUUUAAGCCAUGUCAUAAUAAUGUUACCGCCUCAAAAACAGACCUGGAGUUGUGUUUUGUUUCAUUCACAUGUUUUAGUUUUCGAUGAGGAAACAAAUCAGAUCAGCAAAUAGCGUAAUAUGGGCCGUUAAAUGCAGCACUCAUGUAUUUGUGCGUCUGUGAGUCUGUGGAAACUCGACUCACGAUAUAAACGUUUGUCAUCUCAUUAUUUAACCUGUUACUGUAAUACAGACAUGUGCCCAGUUGGU